AUGGACAGCUUCAACAACGAUGAAGACACUGCAUCCAUCAUCAAGAAAUACGAAGGCCACAACAUUGACAUCCUGACAUUCGACCAAUCCCGCUAUCCCCGUAUCCUCAAGGACGCUUUGCUCCCCACGCCCAAGUCGUACGAUUUUCAGCUUUCCGACUGUUACCCCCCUGGGUACGGUGACGUUUUCGAGUCUCUCUACAACAGUGGCAUCCUUGACCAGCUCAUGAAUAGUGGCAUUGAGAUUGUUUUCUUGUCCAAUGCCGACAACCUAGGUGCCGUCGUGGCUCUACACAUCCUACAGCACAUGGUUGAGACCAAAACCGAGUACAUCAUGGAGUUAAUCGACAAGACCAAGGCAGACGUCAAGGGUGGUACCUCGAUCCCGGCCAACAAAAAGGGCGAGGCGGACAUUUCCAUCAUCCAGUUCGAGACCGCCGUGGGUGCUGCCAUCAAGCACUUCAAAGACUCACACAGUUUUAAUGUCCCCCGCCGACGAUUCUUACCUGUCAAGACCUGCUCCGAUCUGAUGUUAAUCAAAUCGAACCUGUACACCUUGCCACAUGAUCAAUUGGUCAUGGACCCCAAUCGAUCCGGGCCUAUAUCGUUGAACAAAAUAAGCAGUGACUUCGAGAAGGUUACGCAGUUCCAAAAGCGAAUCAGCAGGAAUCCCAAAAUCGUGGAGUUGGAUCACUUGACUGCCACCGGCGGUGUGAACUUUGGCCGUGGAAUCGUCCUGAAGGGUACCGUCAUCACCGGCGCCUAA